AUGGCUGACCCUGCUCCUCCUGAGGCGCCAUCCGCUGCGGCGGCCCCUGUCGCUGCUGCAGUCGCAGACCCAGCCGCAGACCCAGCCGCAAACUCAGGCGCACCUCCAGUCGCAGCUCCUCCCGAGGAUGCCCAACCAGCCGAGGAUGCUCAACUGGCUGCGCCUCCGGGACCUUUCUCAUGGCUGGACCCGCAUCCCAUCUUCGUAAUCAUCCUGGUUGGCCCAGAAGAACACCCAUACGGCAUGCAGAUGGAUUAUCUAUGUGCUCGCUCCAAGUACUACAGGGAGUACUUUCGGGUUCAUAGCUCGUCAGACUCCAUCGAGUACGUUGUCAAGCUGCCAGAUACCCCUGCCGAGAUCUUCGCCUACGCACAAAAUUAUCUCUACACAGGGAAGGUCUUCCCCACUCUCGAGACCUUACCACCAUAUGAGGUCCUGAUCCAACUUUGGAAACUGGGCCACCAACUCGGCAUUGACGGACUUUGUGACGCUACUCUCGAGGCUAUGACGGAAUGUAGACGAGUCACUGAGACGAUACCAUCGACUCCAUUGCUGGUGCAAGUGUGGCACGAUACACCCGAAGAUUCCUCGAUUCGGAAACUCCUCCUGUCCUGGGCCGCGGAAUACAUGCGCUCUAGUAUAUCUCGCAAGGAAUUCGCCAAGUCCCUGCCUCAGGAGGUCCUCAGCGAGCUCGUCGUCACCAUGAGCUCUCUCGACGGGAGUCCGUUUCCUCAGGGCGGCAAGCCUCUCCCCGAGGCUAAUCCCCAAGGCCACCACAAAAAUGUCCACCGCAUAGACCUGGAGGAGGGAGAGACUCCUGCGCCUACAGGCACCAAGAAGAAGGCCCGGCAUUCUGAUGUACUGCCUAACGGCUCGGCAUCAACACAGCCGAAGCCAGCGGCCACUGGGAAGAAGCCUCGAACAUCGCUUCCUGCCCACAAGCCGCCGAAGAAACGAUCCACCGUGUCGUUUGUUAGCGACCAGCCCUUCUCUACGGACCAGAAGAUGAACUUCUGCGCCGACCUGUUGACUAGAAUGCUAUCUGGUCCUGGCUUCUGGACGAGAUUGGUAGGGCCUUUCAAGGAGCCCGUUGAUCCGCACAUGGACGGCGUCCCGGACUACUUGCAAAAGAUCACGCGACCCAUGGACCUCGGCACGAUGAAGGCCAAAAUGGACCGGCACGAAUACCGCGACGAGCAGGAGUUUGUCGGCGACAUGCGGCAGAUCUUCUCCAACUGCUACACCUACUGGACAAAGAAAGACCCAAUGUGGACCGCUUGCGAGAAGCUCGAGAAGACAUUUGAGGAGAAGUACUCUCAGAUGAACAAGUGGAUCUCCAAGAUGGAGGGGGAGGAGAUGGCCUGA